UGUGAGUCGACGACCCUCCUUGGGUUGGUUAUGAUACUUAAGUGCUAAUUCAACAGCUUGCAAUAAUAGCAUAGGUUCCGUCGCUCUCUAGCCUUCACUUCUGUCAUGUCUUCAACUUCUCCUUCUCUGCGUAAGAGGGGCGGGAAAAAGGAGGCUUCUUUGCGCCCCGAUGAUGUCUCCUCCCCCUCCUUGAGGAAGUCGACCGUUGUCCGCAAGCCAUACUCAGAAUGGGACUAUAAGCUGGCCUUAGCCGUUUUGACCGUGUUGGCUUUCAUUACCCGAUUUUACAAAAUCUCCUAUCCCGAUGAAGUCGUGUUCGAUGAGGUCCAUUUCGGAAAGUUUGCUUCCUAUUACCUGCAGCGCACGUAUUUCUUCGAUGUUCAUCCUCCUUUCGGAAAGCUUCUUUUUGCGUUUAUGGGCUGGUUGGUUGGAUACGAUGGCCAUUUUCUGUUUGAGAAUAUUGGUGACUCGUACAUCACCAACAGGGUGCCCUACAUCGCCCUCCGUGGAAUGCCUGCGACUUUCGGCGCCCUGACCGUUUCUGUUGUGUUCCUCAUUAUGUGGGAAUCUGGAUAUUCAUUGCCGGCGUGCAUCCUGUCUGCCGGGCUACUUCUGCUUGACAAUGCGCAUAUUGGCGAAACGAGACUUAUCCUGCUGGAUGCCACCUUGGUGUUGUCAAUGGCGUUGAGUGUCCUUUGCUAUAUCCGUUUCUACAAACUGAGACACGAUCCAUUUGGUCGCAAGUGGUGGAAAUGGCUUCUCUUAACUGGUGUUUCGCUGAGCUGUGUCAUCUCGACGAAAUAUGUGGGCACGUUUACCUUCGUCACCAUCGGUAUCGCUGUCCUAAUUGAUCUGUGGAAUCUUCUCGAUAUCAACCGCCAUGGGGGGGCUCUCAGCAUGGUACGAUGGGGCCAGCAUUUUCUCGCCCGCUUGUUCGCCCUUAUUAUCGUACCUUUCUUCUUUUAUCUCUUCUGGUUCCAGGUUCAUUUUGCCGUCCUCACCCGAUCCGGCCCGGGUGAUGAUUUCAUGACCCCGGAGUUUCAAGAGACCCUUAGCGACAACCCGUUGUCUGCCCAGUCCGUUGGCAUUCAGUACUAUGACACCAUUACAAUUCGGCAUAAGGAUACCAAGGUCUUUCUCCACAGCCAUUGGGACAAGUAUCCUUUGCGCUAUGAUGACGGACGCAUUUCUAGUCAGGGGCAACAGGUUACCGGAUAUCCCUUCAAUGAUACGAACAACCACUGGCAAAUCUUGCCCUCUGUCCCCUUGCCAGAAGGUGAAACGGAAGGUCACAGUGUGAAAAAUGGGGACAUUGUUCAGCUUCGCCAUCUGGGCACUGACACUAUUCUCCUGACUCACGACGUUGCUUCUCCAUACUAUCCAACCAACCAAGAGUUCACUACUGUUUCUCAUGAACAAGGCGAUGGCGACCGACACAACGAUACCUUAUUCGAAAUCAAGAUCGAAAACGGCAAGCCGGAUCAAGAAUUUCGAACUCUCUCCAGUCAUUUUAAACUCAUACACGUUCCAACUAGAGUGGCCAUGUGGACGCAUACCAAACCUCUGCCGGAGUGGGGAUUUAAACAGGCUGAGAUCAAUGGAAACAAGAACCUACAGCAGUCUAGCAACCUGUGGUUCGUAGAUACGAUUGAAUCGUUGCCAGAGGACAGCCCUCGCGAACAAAAGGAAGAGCGGGCUGUUAAGCAGCUAUCCUUUUUGCGGAAGUAUCUCGAGCUCCAGCGAGCCAUGUUCUACCACAACAAUGCCCUGACUAGCAGCCAUCCGUAUGCAAGUGAACCCUUCCAGUGGCCUUUCCUCCUGCGUGGUGUCAGCUUUUGGACCAAGAAUGAUACGCGGGAGCAGAUCUAUUUCCUCGGCAACCCGAUUGGAUGGUGGAUCGCCAGUAGUCUCCUGGCAGUGUUCGCGGGCAUCAUCGGUGCUGACCAGUUAUCUCUGAGACGAGGUAUUGAUGCGGUCGAAGAAAUUUGGGGCCCUGGAUCCCGUUCGCGUCUAUACAACAGCACAGGAUUUCUCUUCAUCUGCUGGGCCGCUCAUUACUUCCCCUUCUGGCUCAUGGGCCGUCAGCGUUUUUUGCACCACUAUCUCCCGGCGCACCUAGCGUCUGUCCUGGUAGCGGGCGCACUAGUUGAGUUCAUUUUCAAUAUCGAUCCUGUCCACAAUAGAGUCCCGGCGGUGGAAGUUACCGAAGAGGACCCUUCCGGCAAGUCCAAGGCCGCAAUCCCGUAUGGGAAGUACCAUUUUGUUGCCGCACGGGAAAGGUUGGGCCGCCAGUCAUACAUUGCAAUUUGGCUUGCUACGAUUAUCCUUAUGGCAGCUACGUUCUGGAGUUUCUAUGUCUUUGCGCCCUUGACGUAUGGUACGCCAGGUUUGGACGUGGAACAGGUCAAUUCGCGGAAGUGGCUUAACUAUGAUUUGCAUUUCGCCAAGUAGAUAUGCGGAUAAUGCAUCGUGCGAUAUGUGUGUCAUUAGAAGGGCUUUUUAGCUUUUGGCCCCGCCGUUCUGUUGACAGUUGGGUUGGUCCUCUUUUUUUUUUUUUUCUCCCCUUUUUUUUUUCUUCAGCGAAAAGGGCGUCAUCGUAUUCUUAAUAUUCAUACUAUAUAGUGGCGCACUUUUGGAUUACCGAGACAAUAUCAUUCUCAGAACCAAAACGGGGUUUUUGCCCCAUGUACUGGAAUCGCAAUGGCAUCCGUUGGACCUA